ACAUUUGGACACAACUGGGCAUCUAAUCUAACGAACCUUCUGUUCUCUAUGUCCCAGGCUGCUCUCUGCCCUGGUUCUUACUUUUCAAGCUAAAUAUUAGCUGUUUAAAUUAGAAAUUUCAAUUUUAUUGAGAAAUUGUAGCUCUGAUAUGGCCAGAAUAUAAUUUAUUAUAGUUAGUAAGGGUAGGCAAAGUAUACUUAUCCGCCGUGGUAGGCCUGGGCUGUUUAGACGGGCAGUAUUACACAAAACAUGGUGCUCUUCCUCAUGGGUGUGUCCAACACAGAGGGGCUUUCGCUAUUGGUGGAUGUUUCUCCUGGUAACUAGCAUCAGCUGUUACCAACACACAGGACACAUGACAAUCGGACCUGAAUAUCGAUAAACUGCGCUUUAAUACCCGUGAAUAGAGAUGAUAUGGAUUAGUUGAUUUCGAACAUCAUGUAAUGACAUCAUCCUCUCAUGUGGAAUUAGGGCUAAGUGAAAACCAGUGUCUGAGAUAUACAAUGGAUAAAGAGAUGCCUCCAGAAGGGGUUCGCAGCUAGCAGAGUAGGAAAUCCACAAUCUGGAGGUGAACAGCAGGAAGAAGAGUCUCACUGCCCUAGGAAAAGUGCAGAGGAGAGAAUGGGUUCAGAAUUCGAUCAAUAUUCGAACAGAACAAGCACCCUGUUUGCGGAUAUCUCCAGAGAGACGGUACUCUGACGACUUUGAACCCUACGACAGCAUAGAGAUGGAGCGGUCGAGUCCACGCUCUCCUCAUAGUCCCCACUCCCGGCGAGAAUCCUGUAAGGUGUCACGUUCGUUUGGCUCCAGGGCUGAUGGCCGAGGAGGUAGCCAGGCAGAGCCUGAACAUCAAAGCGAACGUGUCCUACUCAACAUUAACGAGGUCAAGGUGCUUCGACGGAGCCUGGAGGUGAGCGUGCGGCGGAGCAGCUGCAGCCGGGGGUCGGCGGGGGAGGAGUCAGACGAGGAGUGGGUGGAGGAUCAGAUUGAGAGGGAGGAGAGCACGGAGAGCCUGGAAGAGCUAGGUCUGCCUCCUUCCUCCUCCAACAAAACAUCUACUAACACAAACCAUCCGCGAGCCACUGGGCCCAAAGGCUGCCUUCAUGACCCUGCAGACCUUAUAGUGCUGGACUUUGGGCCCUCUCCUAAAGGCCGUAAGAUCGAGCGUUCGCUGUCGGCCAAGAGGAAAGACAACCUGGAGACCUACAUACCCACCAAGACUCUGCUGGUGAAGAGCAAAACUCUGGACAGGCCCUCUUCAAAAGAGUGCAGGGAUGGCAGAGAUCCUCAACGGCCGUGGAAUCAUGUAGAGCGCCCCCUGUCUGCAGCAAGGAAGGCCUCCCAAGAGGAGCGCGACUCGGAGGAGAGCGACUCUGAGGAUACGGCGUGCAGGGUGCUCCAGGCCCUGCAGAGAGAGAACAGCCCACUGCAGAGCCCCGAGCCCAGGGCCUUCAGCCGCACCCCGGUGAUGGGAUACCAGAUGAUGAACGGGUCGCUGCGUGACGACAAAGAUGAAAGUGGGGUGACCAGAGCCAUGCAGAGAGUCACCCUCAUGGAUCCCAGGCAACAGCAGAGACUACUAAAGGCGUUGGAGAAACUAGAGGCAGGCACAAACUUUGAAAUCCCUCAGGCAGUAAAGACAGAUAACAGCAAACCACCGAGGAGGCGGGUCUCGGUGGAGGCACCACCCACCGUGUACGUCACCAUGGAGAUCCUGAGUAACUGGGGGAACAGGUGCCAGGUAGGGCUGACGGAGAUGCAGUUCUUCGGCCCAGGGAACAGGAAGCUGUACGUGUCGCCUCACGACCUGGACAUCCGGAACGCCAACUACCCUGGGAACCUCGGAGUGCUAGUCAACGGGAAAGCUAAGACCACAAAGGACUGUCAUAUGUGGACCUGUCCUUUCCAUCUUCCGGUCCAACUCUACUUCAUCAUCAGGAACACGGAGCGCUCUCCAGACUUUGGGAUAUCUCUGAUCAAGAUCUGGAACUACAACAGGAGCCUCAGUGACCUGGACGUUGGUGCCCGGCAUGUGAAUCUUUACCUCAACAGCACGCUGGUGUUUGAAGGUGAGCUGGACAAGGGCUGUGGCAACCAGAUCUUUGAUUACAGCACCAGCAUCGACCUCCAGGCACUCCAAGUCCCAGAAUCCUUCUCUCCCAGCCCAGUGGGGUCCGGCCACAGUCUGCGGGGUGCCAGCCCACAGCGCCAUGACGAGAGUGGCGUGUGGGUGGAAACCAGAGGGGAGAAUCGAGACCCCAACCACGGACUCUCUGAGGGGCUAGCUCAGGUCAGGAUAGACAUGCAGGAUAAAAUCUACAAUCCCUCCUCCCCCAUAUCUACAAACUGGGACUCCUUUGACAUGGACCCUCCGGACCUGACCCUCCCCCACCCCCCUCUGAAACAGCAGCUGGAGCAGUCGGGUCAACCCACAGAGUGCACAGUCACCACCCAGCCUUCUUCCUCCAGGAGUCCCCAGUGGCUACAGCCCCUGGCCCGGAGUGCCCCUGAGGGCUGCGAGGCCGGAAGGGAGAGACCCCUCUGGCUAGUGCCCCAGCAGUCUGUGGAACCCAAACCUCCCCUCCCCCAAUCCCCCUCUACCUCGGUGCUCCCGGAGCUGGGCUGUAACCCGGGGAGGGUGUGUCGGGGGGUGGACAGGACUGUGAACGAGGGCCAGUGGAGUGCAGACUCUCUGGACCUGGGAGGUGACCUGCUGGAGGAGCUGAGUGACCAGCAGCGCCAGGACCGGCCUGUUAGUGGACGUAGGAGCUCAGGCAUGAACAACAACACUAGUAGCAGAAAACCAGCAGAGGAGCACCAGCAAGGAGCCAUUGGACCGACCACAGAGGAGCCAAGUUCAGUGUCAGGCAGCAGCAGCAAAAGGCAGCAUCGUACCCCACGGGCCACGCACCACAGCCGGCAGGCCCAGGAUGACAACCUCAUGGAGUCCUGGGACUCCCUCACAAAGUUCAACCAGUGCCAGCGUGGUCGCAUCUCCAACAUGGGCUUCGAGGGCGACAUCUUUGACGAGUUCCUCCAGCGUUCCUCCAGAGCCGCCAGUAUCACCUCCGACCCAGCAGGCCCCCCCUGCAGCCCCUUCCCCUCCUUGUCCCACCUCUCUUCACCCGCCCCUCAAGGGGGCUUCUGCGAUGACCCGGUGGAUGACCUUUCCUCCGAGCCAGAGUUUGAGAUUCCGGUCCUCCCACGUGGUCAACGUCUGGUCAUUAACAUCCUGUCCACAUGGGGCGACCGUCACUACGUGGGCCUCAACGGACUGGAAGUCUUCAGCUCCAGCGGUCAGCCCGUCCGGCCCGCCCACAUCCAAGCCGAACCACCCGAUAUUAACGUGCUGCCCGCCUACGGCAAAGACCCGCGCGUAGUCGCCAACCUAAUCGACGGAAUCAACCGCACGCAGGACGACAUGCACCUGUGGCUGGCGCCGUUCACCCAGGGGAUGAGUCACGUGAUCUACCUGGAGUUCGCUGGGCCAUGUCAGGUGGCCAUGAUAAGAGUGUGGAAUUACAACAAGUCCAGGAUCCACUCGUUCAGGGGGGUGAAGGAGGCUGAGAUGCUGCUGGAUGGCAGGUGCAUCUUCAGGGGAGAGAUCGCCAAGGCGUCAGGGACACUGUCUGGAGGUCUGGACCAGUUCGGGGACACCAUCUUGUUCACCACGGAUGAUGAGAUCCUGGAGGCUAUGUCGCGCUACGACGAGACGUUCUGCGGGGAGGCGGAAGGCUUCGAAGAGCUGGUGGGGUAUGAGGAGGAGCUGCAGAGGCCCCGCACGGCCGACGGAGAGGGGGAGGACAGACCCUUCACCCAGACUGGCUUCAGACCCGAGGACGACCUCGCUUUAAAACUCAAUCUGAACCCUACUGAUGGUCAGUCUGAGGAGACCCUGGAGCAGAUCCCAGGAAUGCACAACGGAAAGUGCCUUAGAAUAGAGUUGAGUAUGACGUGGGGGGACUCCCACUACCUGGGACUGACAGGGUUAGAGGUUGUGGGGAAGGAGGGGGACAGCCUGCCUCUGGACCUGACCAUGGUGGAUGCCUCGCCACGGGACCUCAAUGACCUGCCUGAGUACGGCCAGGAAGCACACACCCUCGAUAAACUCAUUGAUGGCCACAACAUCACCACUGAGGACCAGCACAUGUGGCUGAUUCCAUUCUCCUGUGGCCAGCACCACACCCUGACGGUGAACUUUGACAAGGCCCAGACGGUGGCUGGCCUCCGCAUCUGGAACUACAACAAGACCCUGGAGGAUUCCUACAGAGGGGUGAAGGUGAUCCAUGUGUCUCUGGACGAUAGGCUCAUCUCUCCAGCAGAGGGCUUCCUCAUUAGGAAGGGACCUGGGAACUGUCACUUUGACUUUGCUCAGGAGAUCCUCUUCAUUGACUUUCUCCAGACCCCCACCACUGGCCUGGUCAACAGCACAGCAGAGGACUCGGCCUACACACUCAAGCCUGGCUCCAGAAGACAGGAGCAAGCCAGCAUGGACUACGAGGCCCCCAUCAUGCCUUGUGGAUUCAUCUUCCAGCUGCAGCUGCUGACCACCUGGGGUGACCCCUACUACAUUGGCAUGAAUGGCCUGGAGUUCUAUGACCAAAACAACAAGAAGAUACCCCUCAGUGACAACAAUAUCGCUGCGUUCCCAGACAGUGUGAAUGUCCUGGACAGUGUGAACGGUGACGUGAGGACUCCAGAUAAGCUGGUAGAUGGAGUGAACAACACUCAUGAUGGCAUACACAUGUGGCUAGCACCGGUACUCCCCGGACUGGUGAAUCGCGUGUAUCUCAUAUUUGACCAGCCGGUGACCGUGUCUAUGAUCAAACUGUGGAACUACUCCAAGACACCACAGAGGGGGGUAAAGGAGUUUGGGCUGCUAGUAGAUGACCUACUGGUAUAUAACGGCAUCUUGGACAGUGUGAGCCAGGCGGCGCGGGGCACCCUGCCCACCUGUGACCCGGCGGUGCUCUACCACACCAUCCUCUUCACCGACAACGCCCACAUUGCCCACCGUGAAAGGAACACUGUCAUCAGCCCCCGCGGUAGCAGACAUCGCGAUUUGAAACACAUUUAUGUGGAGGACCAAGAUGUGAAGAUGACCAAUGAGAACGAGAUAGUUCAUCACCACAAGAAGAAACAAACAGCUGAUCCAGCGCUUCGGCCUAAAACCUGCAUGACAGACACUGGGAAGCUCGGGAAAAGGAGGUACUGACAGAUGGACUGACAGGCAGAUGAUCGGACAGACGGACGUUGAUGGAGUCCCACUGGUCAAAUGGGUGGAACAGAAAUGAAAGGAUGACGGUUUACUGACAAUCUGCACUAUCCCACUCGGGGGACUUUUAACACACAGCCUUGACCAGCUGAAAAGAACCAUUUCCAUUGCCCUUCAUCAGUAAUUACACUGUAGGGAAGUGUUGCCUAGUGACAGCCCUUGUGUGUAAGGUGGGUCUACUUUAGAAGAGGACAUAGCUUGUACAGAACACAUUUUGUUUGUAUCCAUCUGGCCACAGGAUUAGCCUUCCAUUUUCUGAUUGGAUUUGUUUUCUUGCCACUCUUUCUCUCUAGACUAUGUUUCAUCAGAUUAAUAGUACCUGUGUAGUAAUACUACAUCAGAUGAAGAGUACGGUACCAGUGUAAUACUAUGGCAGUACUACAUCACAUAUAUAAAACCUUUGUAGUAGCACCUGUUUUUAUUGUCCUUUUCAGUGUCAGGGUGAACCUAUAUAAGGCUGCUAUAUCGGCCAUCUUCGUGCCUAGUUCUAUUACGACUCCUCUGUCGCUGCUUCUCGUGAUGUUGUGCUACAUUCUCCUGCUGCUCCUGAUGCACAAAUACUCACAUAUGAACUCAGUGGCAACAAGUACACUCUUAGUAGAUGGGAUCUAGAUCCUACAUUCAUAAAUGAGUUGUAUUCAUGAAAAGCCUAGUGGGCUAUAAGUUUGAUAGCCCCUAGCCUAGUGGCAUAACACAUGAACAUUUAGUAAUGCACCUGCAAUGUGCACCAACACAUGAAUGCUAUGCAGUAAACCUGUUAAGAUGUUCUCACGUCUGUUUUAUCUAGGUGCAUUUGGUGGCAGAUGGGUUUUUAGUACAAAGGGUGGAGAAUAUGACUGUCUUUUCCAUAAAGCAGAAUAUUGGUCACAUUGAAGCAAUAAGUCUGAUACAGUUGAGCCAUGCAAGACCACUCCAUUUGCCUAAAGGCCCAAUGCAGAUGUUUUAUAUACAUUUAAAAUAAUUUCUAGGUAACAAUUAAGUACCUUACUGUAAGUUAAAAUUCCGUUAAAAUGGGAAAAAGUAGCUUUUUAGCAAAUAACUAUUUCUCAAGCAAGAAUGUUCCUUGGACUGUAUGGGAGUGGGUUGAGUAGGGAGGAGGAAACUGAAAACUAGCUGUUAUUGCCAGAGUGGUUUGGAACUCUUUUUGUUAUUGGUCUAUUAACCAAUUUACCGCAUGGUGAUAUCACCAUGGAAAGUCGAAAAUCCCGCCCAUGCAAACCUGCUGAUUAGAAGGACCUAUCAGGAAAUAACACUGAUCACAUUUUUUCAUACUUUUACAGUGUUAGUUUCAUCAACUGUUGUACAAUAUGAUAUAAAACACAGGAAAAACAAAUUUUGACUGCACUGGGCCUUUAACACAGAAACAGUAAACUUGCUUCUUAGAUGUAUAUUUUACAGCACUGAAUAUAUUUUGGAUUAAUUAAUAUAUUGGUGAACAUAUAUACACAGUUAUUAGAAACUUUUGGAGACCCAUUGUUGUGUGAACAUGUUGGCUUUUGGUUGAAAAACACCUGAGAAUAUGUAACCAGAAACAACUUAAUAUUUAAUAUGCAAACACUGAAACCAUACCUCAAAUAGGGAAGAUGUGAUCUUUAAAAGGGAUGGCUAUUUGAUGAAAUCUUGUUUUAUCUUGAAUGUUUGAGUAAAAUCCAGUUGCCGUUUCAUUCCUAUACCCAGUAGUAUUUGUUGCAUGGACAAGUUACCACGGUUGAGCCACAAUAUAGCCUAUUUCUUACUUUAUACCCUUGUACUGUAUAUGACAGGAGUUGCAUUGUUUUUUUGAAAUGCUGUUUUAUGUAUUUGAUUUUAAAAUGUCAGUCUACAGGUAUAGGCUUCACACUGCACCUCAGUCAUGCUUUGAGUGAUGAUGGCUAUUACUUGAUGUGUGACAUUCUGUUUUGAAAUAUUUUAUUUUUUUAAUCUUGUUCAAAUACAUGUAUAUUUCAUGUAGGUACAUUUUAAUAAAUUAAAUAAUUGAAAAACCAAGUGA